UGUAAUCCGUAAUGCAGUCUCUGGCUCCCGAUUCGGGAUCCAGUUUCAGAGAGCAAGAGAUUGGGGAGCGCCGGCAGCCCGGUGGGGGGAAGCGGCUCGCCUCUCUCCUCCUCCUUCUCCCCGUCCUCGGCCUCCUCCUCCUCCUCCCCUCGCCGCCCCGCCCCCGGCUCGGCUCGGCUCGCCCCCCCCUCAGGAAGGGGAAAAAAGGCGAGAAGAGCGGGGCAGGCGAGAGGAGCGGAGCGGCGGCGGCCGGAGAGGGAGCGGCGGGCGCAGGCGGCGGCGGCGGCGGGCGCGGCGUUGGCGGCGGCCCCGGCGGAGCGAGCGCGGAGCCGGCGAGCCGGGAGCACAGGCGGCCGCGCCGCGUCCUGGCCGGGCCCGGGCCCGCGCGCCCCGCAUCGCCUGCAGCCCGGGCAUCCGGACCCCCCGGCGCCCGGGGGGCUCCAGCAGGCGGGGGGGAGGGGAGGGGGCCUGCGUGCGCCGGCGGGGGCACCCCGGGGUGCGUCCGGCUAGGCCUGGAGCGGUCCGGGGGCGGCGGCGGCAGGAGGAGCCCGCCCCCCCCCUCGGGUCGGGCGCCCGGCUCGGCCGCCGGCGACGCGGGGCGCUCCUGGGGAUUUGCAACUCGCCGGAUCAAGUCUUCGCCGGCGGUGCCGCUGCUGCUGGGGAAGCUGCUGCUGAGGGCCCCAGGCCAGCGUCGGGGCCCUGAACCUUAGGUCGUCCGGAGCCUUCUCCCGCCCCCACUCGGAGCCCCCGCCCCCGGCUCCCGCCGGCCCAGCCCCGCCGUCGCCGGACCCUGGCAUGUCAAGGCCUGGCCUGCGCCUGCCUGCCCAGCCCGCGGAACCCCGGCGGCCCCGCGAGCUAGGAUGAGGGGCCAGGCCGCCGCCCCGGGGCCCCUCCGGCCCCUCUGCCCGUCCCUGCUGCUGCUGCUGUUGCUGGGGCGCUGGGUGCGGGCGGCCGCGGGGCCCGGGGCCGAGCCGUGCGCCACGCUGGUGCAGGGCAAGUUCUUCGGGUACUUCCAGGCGGCCGCCGUGUUCCCGGCCAACGCCUCGCGCUGCUCCUGGACCCUGCGCAACCCGGACCCGCGGCGCUACACGCUCUACAUGAAGGUGGCCAAGGCGCCCGCGCCCUGCGGCGGCCCCGGCCGCGUCCGCGCCUACCAGUUCGACUCCUUCCUGGAGUCCACCCGCACCUACCUGGGCGUGGAGAGCUUCGACGAGGUGCUGCAGCUCUGCGACCCCUCGGCGCCCCUGGCCUUCCUGCAGGCCAGCAAGCAGUUCCUACAGAUGCUGCGCCAGCAGCCGCCCCGCGAGCCGGGCCCCGGGCUGCCGGCCGCGCCCCAGAGCCCCGGCGACGACUUCUCCGUGGAGUACCUGGUCGUGGGCAACCGCAACCCCAGCCGGGCCGCCUGCCAGAUGCUGUGCCGCUGGCUGGACGCCUGUCUGGCCGGCAGCCGCAGCUCCCACCCCUGCGGCAUCAUGCAGACCCCCUGUGCCUGCCUGGGCGGCGACACCGGCGACCCUGCCUCUGGCUCCCUGACCCCCCGAGGGGACGUCUGCCUGAGGGACGGCGUGGCCGGUGGCCCCGAGAACUGCCUCACCAGCCUGACCCAGGAUCGGGGCGGGGACGGCGUGCCAGGUGGUUGGAAGCUGUGGUCCCUUUGGGGCGAGUGCACGCGGGACUGCGGGGGAGGCCUGCAGACGCGGACGCGCACCUGCCUGCCGGCUCCCGGCACCGAGGGCGGUGGCUGCGAGGGGGUGCUGGAGGAAGGCCGUCUGUGCAACCGCAAGGCCUGCGGCCCAGCGGGUGGCACCAGCUCCCGGAGCCAGUCCCUGCGGUCCACGGAUGCCCGGCGGCGCGAGGAGCUGGGGGAUGAGCUGCAGCACUUCGGGUUCCCGUCCCCACAGACAGGCGACCCCGCGGCCGAGGAGUGGUCCCCGUGGAGCGUGUGCUCCAGCACCUGCGGCGAGGGCUGGCAGACCCGCACGCGCUUCUGCGUGUCCUCCUCCUACAGCACGCAGUGCAGCGGGCCUCUCCGCGAGCAGCGGCUGUGCAACAACUCGGCGGUGUGUCCAGUGCACGGCGCCUGGGAUGAGUGGUCGCCUUGGAGCCUCUGCUCCAGCACCUGCGGCCGCGGCUUCCGGGACCGGACGCGCACCUGCCGGCCCCCCCAGUUUGGAGGCAACCCCUGUGAGGGCCCUGAGAAGCAAACCAAGUUCUGCAACAUUGCCCUGUGUCCUGUGGACGGAAACUGGAACGAGUGGUCAAGCUGGAGCACCUGCUCUGCCAGCUGCUCGCAGGGCCGGCAGCAGCGCACCAGGGAGUGCAACGGGCCUUCCUACGGGGGCGCCGAGUGCCAGGGCCACUGGGUGGAGACUCGAGACUGCUUCCUGCAGCAGUGCCCAGUGGAUGGGAAGUGGCAGACCUGGGCAUCGUGGGGCGGCUGCAGCGUGACGUGCGGGGGCGGCACGCAGCGAAGGGAGCGCCUCUGCUCCGGUCCGUUCUUCGGGGGAGCAGCGUGCCAGGGCCCGCAGGAUGAGUACCGGCAGUGCAGUGCCCAGCGGUGCCCUGAACCCCACGAGAUCUGUGACGAGGACAACUUCGGCACCGUGAUCUGGAAGGAGACUCCGGCAGGAGAGGUGGCCGCGGUCCGGUGUCCCCGCAAUGCCACAGGCCUCAUCCUGCGACGCUGUGAGCUGGACGAGGAAGGCAUCGCCUACUGGGAGCCCCCCACCUACAUCCGCUGCGUCUCCAUCGACUACCGGAACAUCCAGAUGAUGACCCGGGAGCACCUGGCGAAGGCUCAGCGUGGGCUGCCCGGGGAGGGGGUCUCCGAGGUCAUCCAGACACUGGUGGAGAUCUCCCAGGACGGGACCAGCUACAGCGGGGACCUCCUCUCCACCAUCGACGUCCUGAGGAACAUGACGGAGAUCUUCCGGAGGGCGUACUAUAGCCCCACCCCCGGGGACGCGCAGAACUUUGUGCAGAUCAUCAGCAACCUGCUGGCAGAGGAGAACCGGGACAAGUGGGAGGAGGCCCAGCUGAUGGGCCCCAACGCCAAGGAGCUCUUCCGGCUGGUGGAGGACUUUGUGGACGUCAUCGGCUUCCGCAUGAAGGACUUGCGGGACGCGUACCAGGUCACAGACAACCUGGUCCUCAGCAUCCACAAGCUCCCGGCCAGCGGAGCCACAGACAUCAGCUUCCCCAUGAAGGGCUGGCGGGCCACGGGCGACUGGGCCAAGGUGCCGGAGGACAGGGUCACCGUGUCCAAGAGUGUCUUCUCCACGGGGCUGGCAGAGGCUGACGACUCAUCUGUGUUCGUGGUGGGCACCGUGCUCUACAGAAACCUGGGCAGCUUCCUGGCCCUGCAGAGGAACACGACUGUGCUGAACUCCAAGGUCAUCUCGGUGACCGUGAAGCCCCCGCCUCGCUCCCUGCUCACGCCCUUGGAGAUCGAGUUCGCCCACGUGUAUAACGGCACCACCAACCAGACCUGUAUCCUGUGGGACGAGACAGAUGUGCCCUCCUCCCCCGCCCCCCCGCAGCUCGGGCCCUGGUCGUGGCGCGGCUGCCGCACGGUGCCCCUCGACGCCCUCCGGACGCGCUGCCUCUGUGACCGGCUCUCCACCUUCGCCAUCUUAGCCCAGCUCAGCGCCGACGCGAACAUGGACAAGGGGACCGUGCCAUCGGUGACGCUCAUCGUGGGCUGUGGCGUGUCGUCCCUCACCCUGCUCAUGCUGAUCAUCAUCUACGUCUCCGUGUGGAGGUACAUCCGCUCAGAGCGGUCUGUGAUCCUCAUCAACUUCUGCUUUUCCAUCAUCUCCUCCAACGCCCUCAUCCUCGUCGGGCAGACCCAGACCCGCAAUAAGGUGGUGUGCACUCUGGUGGCUGCUUUCCUCCACUUCUUCUUCCUGUCCUCCUUCUGCUGGGUGCUCACCGAGGCCUGGCAGUCCUACAUGGCCGUGACCGGCCGCCUCCGGAACCGCCUCAUCCGCAAGCGUUUCCUCUGCCUGGGCUGGGGGCUCCCUGCGCUGGUCGUGGCCAUUUCUGUGGGAUUCACCAAGGCCAAAGGGUACAGCACCAUGAACUACUGCUGGCUCUCCCUGGAGGGGGGACUGCUGUAUGCCUUCGUGGGACCGGCCGCCGCUGUCGUGCUGGUGAACAUGGUCAUCGGGAUCCUCGUGUUCAACAAGCUCGUGUCCAAAGACGGCAUCACGGACAAGAAGCUGAAGGAGCGGGCAGGGCCCCGAGGCUACGAAAGAGUGACUGCGCCGUUCGGAAGACGCGACAGGCUCAGAGCGGCCACAGCGUGGCCCAUAGUGGUACCAGGAGGUGCCAGGCUGCAGAGGGCAGUGCCGCCGUGGGGGGCUCCUGGGGGCACCAGCGGAGCGGGGCCUGCCGAGACGAUGAGGGCGUCGCUGUGGAGCUCCUGUGUGGUGCUGCCGCUGCUGGCGCUGACCUGGAUGUCGGCUGUGCUCGCCGUCACCGACCGUCGCUCCGCCCUCUUCCAGAUCCUGUUCGCCGUCUUCGACUCGCUGGAGGGCUUCGUCAUAGUGAUGGUGCACUGCAUCCUGCGCCGAGAGGUCCAGGACGCCGUGAAGUGUCGCGUGGUGGACCGCCAGGAGGAGGGCAACGGGGACUCGGGGGGCUCCUUCCAGAACGGCCAUGCCCAGCUCAUGACCGACUUCGAGAAGGACGUGGAUCUGGCCUGUAGAUCAGGUGAGCGCCUGCCAGUGCUGAACAAGGACAUCGCAGCCUGCCGCACGGCCACGAUCACGGGCACGCUCAAGCGGCCGUCGCUGCCCGAGGAGGAGAAGCUGAAGCUGGCCCACGCCAAGGCGCCCCCCGCCAACUUCAACAGCCUGCCGGCCAACGUGUCCAAACUGCACCUGCACGGCUCGCCCCGCUGCCCGGGUGGCCCCCUGCCCGACUUCCCCAACCACUCACUGACCCUCAAGAAGGACAGGGCGCCCAAGUCCUCCUUUGCCGGGGACGGGGACAUCUUCAAGAAGCUGGACUCGGAGCUGAGCCGGGCCCAGGAGAAGGCCCUGGACACCAGCUAUGUAAUCCUGCCAACGGCCACAGCCACACUGCGGCCCAAGCCCCAGGAGGAGCCCAAGCACAGCAUCCACAUCGAUCAGAUGCCCCAGACCCGCCUCAUCCACCUCAACAUGGCACCUGACACGGGCCUCCCCGCCCGCAGCCCACCCUCCCGCCAGCCCCCAGGGGGUGGGCCCCCGGAGGCACCCCCCGCCCAGCCCCCACCGCCCCCGCCCCCACCACCCCCGCCACCCACCCUGGAGCCAGCGCCCCCCAGCCUGGGGGAGCCCGGGGAGCCCGCUGCCCACCCAGGGCCCAGCUCGGGGACCGGGACCAGGAACGAGAAUGUCUCCACCUUGUCCGUGAGCUCCCUGGAGCGGCGGAAAUCGCGGUAUGCAGAACUGGACUUUGAGAAAAUCAUGCACACCCGGAAGCGGCACCAGGACAUGUUCCAGGACCUGAACCGGAAGCUGCAGCACGCGGAGAAGGACAAGGAGGUGCUGGGCCCAGAGAGCAAGCAGCCGGAAAAGCAGCAGACACCGAACAAGCGGCCCUGGGAGAGCCUUCGGAAGGCCCACGGGACGCCCGCGUGGGUGAAGAAGGAGCUGGAACCGCUGGCGCCCUCACCGCUGGAGCUGCGGAGCGUCGAGUGGGAGAAGUCGGGCGCCACGAUCCCGCUGGUGGGCCAGGACAUCAUCGACCUCCAGACCGAGGUCUGAGCGGGUGGGCGGCGGCCACGCACCGGGCCCCAGGAGGACAUCCUGCUCCGCCCGCUCCCGCCGCAGGACGGGCACAGACACGCUCCCGGGCUGCGGGCCAGGCCCGCGCCCCGGCCUCAGGGCGCUCGGACGGCGGCCGGGCGGAGGCCCGCGGCGCUGGGACCAGAGCCAGAGGGGACAGGAGGCCCCGGCGGCCCCGGGUGGGCACAGGGCUCCAGAGGCCGGAAGGUGCCUCAGACUCUGCCCUCCUCGAGCCCGGCGCCGGCGGGCAGGCGGGCGGGCGGGCGGCCGCGGACAGUGGCGGGGCGGGUGCGGCCAGCAUCCCCAGGACACCUGCCUGAGCUGCCGCGGCAGAGGACCAGCCUGCUUGGCCCAGCUGGCCUGGCACCAUUUUUUAGACACCCCUACCCCUCGGGAAGCAGCCAGCCCCCCCCCCCCCUCACCUUUCCAGGGCCCGGGGCCCCUCCCCAGACCCAGGUGGAGAGCCCUCUCUCCCACCUGUGCUGACCCCAGGGGCAGGACUAGAAGCCCACUCCGGGAAGAAGCAGGGGUGGGGAAUCUAUUUUUUCUCUCCUUUUCUUUUCUUCAAUAAAAAGAAUUAAAAACCCA